UGUUUUCUUAAAAACAAAGAUCACUGUUCAAAUAUUUACGAGGUCACUGUGCAUAAAUUAACGCUGAUCGGACAGACUUAAAACUUCAGAGUGCGUGUAAGAUGCAUUGUAUUUUUGAGAAACUCUAGCGCAGAACAUCCAACAUGUGGUGUUAUCUUCCGAUUGCCCUAGCGUUACUUCCCCUGUUUAUCAGCGGUCAGCUGGUCAGUUUAAAUGAUGAUGCUAGAAACGCAUUCCUGAAAGCCCACAAUGAUGCACGCGCGAAAACCGGCGCCAAACCCUUGAAAUGGCACCGGAAUGCCGAGAAUGUUGCCAGGAACCACAUUUCUAAGUGUGUCUUCCAACACAGCACGACGGCGUACGGAGAAAACUUGUACGCGACUACAGUCAAACCCAGCAACAUUCCAGCACUGGCAGCAGACGCAGUCGAGGCGUGGGUGGACGAGCAGAAGUACGCCGACCCACCGGUCUGGUCGUGCAUGACAGGCAAAUGUGGACACUACACCCAGGUAAGGGGACACCUGGUCAGCAUAACCGAUAGAUAG